UCAGAGUUUAUCUUUUUUCGAUCAAUGUGAAAGAAAAAAGAUAAACUAUGAACUAGUGCAGCCAAGAGUAGAACUUUAAGUGUACUGAUCACACCAGGGAAAAGUAUCUUCAUUUUUGUUUACAAUGCGAUGAACGUGUCAACGUGGGCGUAAUAAUACGUGGAAAAUGUCAAUUGCUCCAAUGCUAUAAAAUAAAAAAUUGCCAAUUAAUUAACCCACUGAUAAUAUGGAUCUGUCGGUGAACGAAGAAAAUUUGCAACAAAUACUGGACAAGUUGUCAGAAGAUGAGGUUUCUAUAAAGAAAAAUCUGGACACGAUUCUUGCCCGGCGAUGUCACGUGGAGGCAAAGCUGCAGAAUAUUGGCAAAGUAUUGCCAAAUGUUAUAGUGAUACGGACAGAAGGAGAAAAGUUUUGCGACAUGAUCGCUCGUACUAACGAGUUAGCUAAGAAUGUUAGCGCUAAAGUGAGACAAUUGGAUUUAGCAAGAAGCAGAGUUUGUGAAUGUCAAAGUAGAAUAAAUGAUAUACUAGAUUUGCAAUUAUGCAGUGAAGGGGUAGCCACUGCACUGCGCAAUGAGGAUUACGAGCAAGGCGCCGCGCAUGUUCAUCGUUAUUUAGCAAUGGACCAGCAGUUGCUGGAGAGAACAGCUGAAGAUGUAUCAGGUGAUCACAUUAGUAUUAGCAGUUCUCUGCUUACCUUGCAACAGGCUGCGAUGGAAUUGAGAGCUGUUGUUACACAUAAAUUUGAUGAAGCGGUGAAAUCCGAGGAUCUAGCAUCCGUUGAGAGAUUUUUCAAGAUAUUUCCAUUGUUGGGGAUGCACUUGGAAGGAUUAAAGAAAUUUUGCAGUUACUUGUGCACCAAACUACAUGAAACUGCUCAGAAAAAUCUACAAGCAGCACUAGAGAUUAAAAGUAAUGACAAGAGAGCAGCUGUUAUUUUUUCUGACACCAUGACUCUAUUAUUUGAAGGAAUUGCACGUAUUAUAGAAGUGCAUCAACCAAUCAUAGAAACUUAUUAUGGCCCUGGUCGACUGUUAAUGACAAUUUCGAUUUUACAAAAGGAAUGUGAUAGGCAAGUCAAGAAAAUUGUUACAGUAUUUACGAAACAUAGAAGUAUAUCUAAGAAUGUACAAAUGAUAAAUGAGUAUUUGCGAAAACCAAGUCCAGAAAGACUCGAUCCUAAAGAACUUGAUCUUCUGUUAGGAGAAAUUACUAUAAUGCAUUCGAGAGCAGAACUUUAUAUACGUUUCAUAAAAAGAAGGGUUAAGAAUGACAUAGAGAUCAGCACGACAGAUGAGGCACAACGUACAGAGUUGCUUAACGAAUUUGAAAUGACUGUAAACAACUCUGAAUUGGCACAUGGCAUGCAAGAGCUGCUCGGUGCUUAUCUUGCAUUAGAGAGAUACUUUCUCGAGGAGAGCGUGAAUAAAGCUCUGGGAAUGGACGCGUUAGAUCCAGAUCAACAAACUUCCAGUAUGGUUGACGAUGUAUUUUUCAUAGUACAAAAAUGCAUACGGCGGGCUAUGUCGAGUUGGAGCAUAGACGGCGUUUGCGCUGUCGUCAAUAUGUCUUGUGGCAUCUUGGAAGGCGAGUUUGCGAACAGAUUAAGAAACCGACUGCGUCAAGGUUAUCCAGCAGGCUAUCUGGACCUAGCACAAGCGUACAGUGCUCUCCAGACAAGCAUACAGCAUGGUCGUUUACAAACAUCAGAUACAGAAUGUGCCCGUCUUAUGUUCUUGGCAUAUUUAAAUAACACUGAUGUAAGCACGGAGUAUGUGGAAACGUUAUGUAAAAGUCUCGGUGCAGAGAUAGACGCGACGUUUCCCAACAUGCAGAAAAAAGAUAGAGGCAAAAUUGACAGCUGCUUAUCCAGUCUGAAAGGAGUUAUAUUGAUAUUACGAGGCAUUAUCGAUUGUGGCUUGGAGCAGUUACGCGUCAGUGCUGUAAAACCCAGAGUUACUCCAUGGGUUGAUGCAUUUCUAUCCAUAGAUCAUCACAUCAAUGAGGACGAGUUAUUAAGAUACGAAACGGAUGAGCCAUUUGUACAGACAUUAAUAAUGAAUUUAGAGGGUUUACUUGGAGGAUUCAAAGAUAGCCUAACAACCUCUAAUUACGAUGCACUUAUUGGACUUCUGACUGCGGAAGUUACAGCCCGUUUAGAAAAGGUGGUUUUGAAAUCAACUUUUAAUCGGGCAGGAGGUCUGAUAUUGGAUAAGGAAAUCAGAUCGUUAGCCAGUUACUUGGCGGCUGCUACGUCUUGGUCAGUGAGAGACAAAUUUGCGCGUUUAACGCAGAUCGCCACUAUUCUGAGCAUAGAGAAGAUGGAGGAAUUGGCCGAUUACUGCGGCGCGGACGCAAUAGCGUGGCGAUUAACGCCGUCGGAGAUGAUUCAGCAAUGGGCAAAUGAAUCAAAUACAACAAACGUUAAUGAUAGCAAAGCUCAUAAAAAACUUGUGGACAUUUUAAUGAAUUCAACUGAUAAAGAAUUCAUAGAAAAGGAAAUUUUCUACAAUUUGUUUACGAUGUUAGUAACGGCCAGUGACACCACUGCUGUUACGAUGUACUUUGUGAUCUUUAUGUUAGUAAACUUCCCAGAAAUACAGGAAAAAGUAUACAAAGAGUUGUUGGAAAUUUAUGGUACACAAACUCCAAAGGCAGCACCGGUUAAAUAUGAGGAUCUACAACAUAUGAACUAUUUGGAACGUGUUAUUAAGGAAACUUUGAGAAUUUUUCCUACUGUUCCUAUUAUCGCACGACAAGUGACGGAAGACUUCAAAAUAGGUUUACUAAUUUUUAUAAAUGAGCAUAUAUUAAUUGUUAAUUUUUCUUGAAAUUUAUUAAUUUGUCAUAAUAAAACAUGAACAAAUUAAGAUUCAAAAAUCUUAAUUUGUUCAUAUUUUAUUACGACAAAAAUUUCAAAAAAGGUUAACAAUAAAUACAUAUUUUCAUAGAAAUUUAUUUAUUUUAAUUAAUAUACUGGUAUUGAUUCUAUUAUUCUAAUAAUAUGACUAUCAGAAUAUUAAUUUUUAUUUUAUCUUAAUUUUAUUUUAAUAAGAAGAUUGCUACGUUUCUAUCAUACUUUUCUUUGCAAAGUUUAUAUCUGGAUAUUAUUUUUAAAAAUGUUUUAGGAGAUAUGUUUUAGGAGAAAUCUAUCCGGAUCAAACACCAAUGGAUUCGGCCAAUACUUUUUAUUUCGAUGCAUUUGAAUAAAUGAGAUAAGAAUAUCAGUAUGUUUUACCAAAAUUUAAUCUUUACAGGUUCUACAGUCGAUAACACGAUGUCCAUAUUUAAUUUUAUUUUAUCUAUUUCAAUGGUUUCAUUUACUUUAAAUAUGAAACUUCGUAUCAACGUCGCUAGAAUAGCUUUCAUAGACAUCAUUCCAUAUUUCAUACCUGCAAGUUUUUCAAUUAUAUGUAAAUCAAUCUCAUUAUAAUACAUAAUAAUUUAUUUAUGUUUACCUAUGCAAUUUCUUGGCCCGUCGCUAAAAGGAGCAAAAUAAAACAAAUGAUAAUUUUUUAUAUUUUCCGGAAGAAAUCUAUCCGGAUCAAACACCAAUGGAUUCGGCCAAUACUUUUUAUUUCGAUGCAUUUGAAUAAAUGAGAUAAGAAUAUCAGUAUGUUUUACCAAAACAUACUGAUAUUCUUAUCUCAUUUAUUCAAAUGAGAUAGGCCAAUACUUUUUAUUUCGAUGCAUUUGAAUAAAUGGGAUAAGAAUAUCAGUAUGUUU